AUCUACUAUGCAUUUUAAGUGUUUGAUUAGAGGUUUAAGUGGUAUGAGCAUAGGGAGAAAACUAGGGACUAGGGAGAAAUUUGAUUAAAGCAUUCUGUUUGACUUAACACUCCACAACCAGUUAAAACUUUAUUCAUUCUGUUAUAAAGAUGAAGAACACUUUUGUCAGAUUUUUUAUUUUUUUGAAAAAGUAUCAUGUUAUAGGCUCUAUAUGCUUAUAAAAUUCUAAGAGAAAAAAGACGAAAAGAAAUGAUAAAGCCUAAUUGUGGAGGGAGAAAGAGGAGAGAAAGUGGUAGAGAACUUUAUAUAAUAGGCUAAAUGACUUUGCUGAAUGCAAUCAAAGAAUCAAAUAGGGAUGUCAUUGAUUCUUUGAAGAGCAAAGGUAGGUGACAUUAACUAUACUAUGUAGUAUACACUUUCUGAAUUUUAUUCAUGAUCAUGGAAUUGGGAUCUGUGAGAGCUACCUCUAAGGAAAAGGUUCUUGAUGACAUCGUUUUUGGAAGAAAAACAUGAAUGUCUUUACUUGUGUCUUGUUGAAAGCAAUGGAUGCUUUGCCAGAAACAUAGUACUUGUAGCUUUUCCAUCAUGUGUCUGUGAAAGCACAGACCAAAUUGUAUGUAAGGUUUUAACAAAUAAAAGGUGAAAAGGGCUGAACACUAAUCUCACAUCCUCAGCACCAAGAGCCAUUGUAGGUUCUUCUUUAUUUCCCCUAUAUUGUUAAUUGGGUUAAGGGUCAUAUUAGUCCCUGUGUUAGUAAAAAAUGUUUGAUUUUGGUCCCUCAGUCAAAAAACCGCCAGUAACUGUAUUAUAAACCGCCACUAACUGUAAAAAAACUGCCACUAAUCGUCAUUUUUUAGCUAAGGGACAAAAAUCAAACACUUUUACAAACACAGGGACUAAUAAGACCCUUAACCCUUGUUAAUUUUACAAAUUUUAAAAUUGGAAACUUGUGUAAAGAGGAUUGCUUUUGUGAAACAAAUGCUGAGCUAUUUCAGCAAUUAUAUGAAAAGAAUUAGGAAGAAAAAGUUGUCUUCCGUGUUUCCUGGUUCCUAUAUUUUUAAGAAUGGGAUAACUGAGAAGACCACACUUCAGCAGAGGAUCACUAUGUUUCAACUGAAAAAGGACACAAAUUUUUAGCGUGUUUGGAUUAGCGGUCAGCAGUACACAAUCCAAAACACGGUAAUUCCAGAAGCUGCAAUUUGUAGCUUCUAGCAAGAAGUAAUUAAGAGACUUUCUACUGCUGAACUAAACAUGCUAUUGUAAGUUUCAAUAAAAGUCCAUGUUAGUUAGGUGUGUGUCUGUCUUAAUUGGUUACACAGAGAAAACGGCUAACUAAAGUAACCUCACUAAACGUUGAUUGAUGUUUGUAUUAUCUUAGAACCAUUUGGUCACACACUUGUUGUUUGCCUGGUGCAUCACUUUCUGUUGGAAUUUUUUAUCAUUUUCUUAACAUAAUCAUGCAUCCUUUUACAUGUGAAAUCAAAAGUGUCCUAUGAAAAUAUUGUGGUAUGCAUUGAGACAUAUUUGCUUUGGAUCUACAUACACUUGAUCCAACCUUGAGAUACUGUUAAAGUUACAGUUACUUUUUUAUGCUUUAUUUUGGUCUCUCACCUAAUAGUUCAUAUCCAACUUCCAAUCAACAGUUGAAAGAUCACUUUAAAUGAAAAAUUAUAUUGAAAUCGCUCUGUCGGUGGCACUGCUGCUAGUGCAGUGUUUUAUUAUGUAACUGAUAUAUAUGGUCUAUUAUGUGGAUACUGAUAUUAGCAUUUCUAGUUAUCAGUUUACUUGUUCUGUCCUUGUUGACUUUUAUUUUACUUUCUAGAAAUUCGGACCAGAAUAAAAUUUAUGAGUUGCUUUAUAUGUUGUCACGCAUUAGUUCUUGAAUUCUUAUGUUCUUCAGUUUAUUGUUACAUGUCAGGAACAGGCUCAGUGAGAACAAAGAUCUGAAACCAGGUGAGGGCAUCAUUUUCUAUAAAUUCAAGGGCUUGAAGAGUAAUUCGAUCAAUGAGGCCGUCACAGUUCUUGUUAAGUGAAAGUUGAGGCUCUGAAGUAGAGGUUUUUCUUCACUAUUGGGUAUAAUCAAAACAAGUAGGCAUGAAGUUCAUGAAACUUGGAACAAGGCCGGAUACUUUCUACACUGAACAAGCCACCAGGAGUAUAGUUUCAGAUUUACCUGCUGACCUUGUGAUAAGAAUCAACGAUACUACUUAUCUUCUACACAAGCUGCAGUCUCCGCUUCUUAAAAAAUGUGGCCUUCUUCAAAGACUUUGCUCUGGUUCUAGUGAUUCUGAGAGUGUUCCUCUUGAGCUUAAUGAUAUGCCUGGAGGACCAGAAGCUUUUGAACUCUGUGCUAAGUUCUGCUAUGGAAUUUCUAUCAACAUUAGUGCACAUAACUUUGUACCCACACUCUGCGCUGCUAAGCUCCUCCAAAUGAAUGACUCCAUUGAGAAGGGAAACUUGGUAGGGAAACUUGAGUCUUUCUUCACUUCAUGUAUUCUUGAAGGUUGGAAGGACUCUAUUGCUACAUUGCAGGCCACUGAUAAGUUACCAGAGUGGUCUGAGAAUCUUGGCAUCAUAAGAAAAUGCAUUGAUUCAAUUAUUGAGAAAGUUCUUACACCUCCACCACAGGUCAAAUGGUCCUACACCUACACUAGGCCUGGUUACAACAAAAAACAGCAUCAUUCUGUACCAAAGGAUUGGUGGACGGAGGAUGUGUCUAAUCUUGACAUAGAUCUUUUCAGGUGCAUAAUAAUGGCUAUAAGAUCAACACAUGUGCUCCCACCGCCACUUAUUGGCGAAGCUUUGCAUGUCUAUGCCUGUAAGUGGUUACCUGGCAUAACAAAGCCUAAAACUUCAGGCGGUUCAGCACCACAAAUGGAAGAAUCUAAGGAGAAAAACCGAAAAAUUCUCGAAACAAUUGUCAGCAUGAUUCCUGCAGAUAGAGGGUCAGUUUCAGUUGGAUUUUUGCUAAAACUUCUUAGCAUUUCAAGUCAUUUUGGUGUCUCACCAGUUACAAAAACAGAACUCAUAAAGAGAGCUAGCAUACAAUUUGAGGAGGCAACAGUGAGUGACCUGCUUUAUCCUUCAACAUCUCCAUUGGACCAGAAUUUCUAUGAUACGGAGUUAGUUCUAGCAGUGUUGGAAAGCUUUGUGAAGUUUUGGAAAAGAAUCUCCCCUGGUGCUGUGGAUAACAGGCACUUCUUGAGAUCAAUCAGAAAAGUUGGCAAGCUCAUUGAUUCCUAUCUUCAAGUGGUUGCAAGGGAUGAAAACAUGCCAGUGCAGAAGUUUGUAGCUCUUGCUGAAACUGUACCAGCUAUUGGCCGAAUAGAGCAUGAUGAUUUGUACCGGGCAAUUAACAUCUAUCUUAAGGUGCAUCCUGAUCUGAGCAAGGUAGACAAGAAGUGCUUGUGCCGGAGUCUAGAGUGCCAAAGACUGUCCCCAGAAGUGUGUGCUCAUGCAGUUAAAAACGAGUCACUGCCGUUAAGAACUGUGGUGCAGCUCCUCUACAAUGAACAAGAGAAAGACUCAAAGCCAACCAGUAAUCCCAAGCUGCAAAAACCGCAUGAGCUACUUCUAGGAGCGAAAAAGAGACCAGCUACUAGAGAUAGCCAUGGCAAGCGAUCUUUAGGUCAAGACAAAGAAGGGCUCAAGAGAGAAGAAGUCACAAGUAGAACUUCCCAUGGUGAGAGUAGAGAAAAGGGUCAGCAUAAAACUAAUAGAUUAGAUGGUAACUUGGCAUUGGACUUGGAAAGAAAGAUGGUUAUAAGAGGAAACACUGAGGAGACAGGGUCAGAAAAGAUAAGGGGAGCCAAAGAAGAAAGCAUGUCAAGCAGCAAAUUGGAGUUGGAUACUAGGAAAAUCAUGACAAGGGCAAGAAGCAACAAAUCAGAACAUGGCCGUGAAAAGGGAAGAUAGAUAAUAAUAAUAAUAAUAAUA